AUGCUCUUCGAACUGUCCCUCGAUCAUUUCGAGUCUUCAAUGACGAUGCCCUCAAUGAAGGUCGUCAACCCCAAAGCCAAGGUCCAGCCGCAAAGCCAAUUCAAAGCCAUCUCAGCGAUCAGAAUGCCAAUGAUGCUGGCGAUGAACACGCUGCACAUCUCCGAGAAGCGCGAUAGCAUCGACAGUGCUACCUCAUCUCGUAACGGUUCGAUCUGCGAUGAAAAAGCUCCAGAACUGAAGCGCCAUGGCUCGGCUCCGCAGCUGGAUAAGCACUCCAUCCACAAGAAGAAGCUCGCCAACAUCGAGAAGGGCGUCAAGAAUCAGUCAUUUGACGCCAUCUCACUGCCUCACACCCUCCUCGACCGCCUUCGACACCUGAAA